CAUUUCCUAAGAAGCCUUGCGGGCUUCUCAAGAAUCAGUGAAAAGCCCGAUUGCGCGUGCGUAUCCAAACGUGGCAACGGCAUCAUGGCUUCUUGGAACCGCUACGGGAGUGGGAUGAGAGAGCUGAAAAUGUACAUAUUCGUCUUGUUGGUGUGCCUGGCGUCUGUGCUGCAGGCGGCGGUGAAGGUCUCUCCUCUGAUAGAGAAGGUCAGCGACCACAAGGACUUAAAGAAGCUCCUGAGGACCCGAUCUAAUGUCCUGGUGCUCUACACUAAGUCAGCUACCUCCGGGGACUCUAAGUUCAAGCUGCUGUCUGAUGUGGCCCAGGUCGUCAAAGGACAGGGCACCAUCGCCUGGGUCAACUGUGGGGAUUCAGAGGGUCGUAAACUGUGUAAGAAAGUGAAGGUAGAUCCCAGCUCAAAAAGUGGUGGCGCAGAACUCUUGCAUUAUAAAGAUGGGACAUUCCAUACAGAAUACAACAGGCCUGCUACAUACAAGUCCAUGGUGGCGUUUUUAAAAGACCCCACAGGAGCCCCUCUUUGGGAGGAGAACCCAGAAGCCAAAGAUAUUGUUCAUGUAGAAACUGAAAAAGACUUCAGAAAGCUUCUGAAGAGGGAGGAGAGGCCGAUCCUCAUGAUGCUCUACGCCCCAUGGUGUGGUGUCUGUAAGAGGAUGCAGCCCGUAUUUCAACAGGCAGCUACAGAGACCAAGGGUAAAUUUGUGCUGGCUGGGAUGAACGUGCACCCAGCUGAGUUUGAUGGCCUCAAGCAGGAGUACAAUGUCAAGGGCUACCCGACCUUCUGCUACUUUGAGAAGGGGAAGUUCCGGCACCACUAUGAAAACUAUGGGGGCACAGCCAAGGACAUCACUGACUGGAUGAAGAAUCCCCAGCCCCCCCAGCCGAAGGUCCCAGAGGUCCAGUGGUCGGAGACUGACUCCCCUGUCUUUCACCUGACUGACGACUCCUUCGAUGGGUUCCUGGCCGAACACCCGUCUGUCCUGAUCAUGUUCUACGCUCCAUGGUGUGGCCAUUGUAAAAAGAUGAAGCCAGAGUAUGAGGAAGCCGCUGAAUACCUCAAAGACACAAAUAGCCCUGGGGUUCUGGCAGCUGUGGACACCACCAUUCACAAGGCGGUGGGAGACCGCUUCAAGAUCUCCGGCUUCCCCACCGUCAAGUACUUUGAGAAGGGAGAGGAAAAGUUCACUCUACCCCACCUUAGGAGCAAGGACAAGAUCAUUGAAUAUCUACAGAACCCCCAGGCGCCCCCUCCCCCAGAGCAGUCCUGGGAAGACAAGCCAUCUGGUGUCAGCCAUCUUGGAAUGGAGGACUUCAGGGAAGUUUUGAAGAAGAAGAAGCAUGCCCUCGUCAUGUUCUACGCACCAUGGUGUCCCCACUGUAAGAACGCUGUCCCUCACUUCACCACAGCAGCAGAUCUCUUUAAAGAGGACCGCAAGAUAGCCUAUGUUGCCGUGGACUGCACUAAAGGACAGAACCAGGAGCUGUGCAAGCAGGAGAGUGUGGAAGGCUACCCCACCUUCAACUACUACAACUAUGGCAAGUUUGCAGAAAAAUACAACGGAGACCGAGGGGAGGCAGGAUUUAUAGGUUUCAUGCGCAGCCUGCGGGGGCGGGACCAGGGCAAGAGGAAAGAGGAGCUUUAAGGCAGGGUGUGGAGAGGGGGAGGAGCCUGUCGUUGCACUGUGACCGUGGCAGGGGCCUCUUAGCACUGACAUCACGUGAUGUCGUCAUGACGUGUAAUCACGGGGUGGAGACUUGAGAACCUCAGAGUUUCAGGGGAGAUGCUAUAUGAACACGCCGGGUACCUAAAUUGAUGACAUGUUGCGCAGCUGGGAGACUCAUGGAUUCUGUUCAGUCAGUCGUCCUGGUGAGCCCUUCCCAGCUAGCUAGUUCAUGCGGGAAACAGCAGCAUGGCGCUAGUUUAUUUUUUUUAUUUUUACAGAAAGUGAUGUGUAAUUUGAUGGGCAAGGGAGAAAUAACUUGUAGUAUUGGUCACACUCUAGAUGUUACCAUGACAUGCCUAUUAGCUAACGUAAUGACAAGCCUGUGUGAAUGACCAGUGCAACGAUGUUGUCGGUGCUUCCCACUGAGCAGCAUUUGCUUCACCGGCAGCUGUAUCAUAUGCUGUAUCAGCUAAUGUAGCCAAUUUGUUCCAUCCCACUUGAGUAGGAUAGCAGCCUACACGAGAAAUAACUUGUAAUAUUAGUAGCAGAAACUGGAACCAAAAUAAUUUAGGUCUGAACAGAACAAUUUUUUUUCUUCAUUUUAUUCCACUGUUCCGACCAGCAAAAGUUCUGAACCGUUUCGAACCCCAAAAAAGUAGAGGUUUAUUUCGUGUUUUUUUUUUUUUUUUUAAUUAACAUUUAGCUCAACAUUAAGUUACUUCACCAAUGGAUAAAGCAGUAUGGUGCAGGCAAGCUAUGUACAUGCUUUGGACAAAGUGUAGUGUAGAGUGACAUGCGACUGAAUUUUUGCAGGUGAGGAGAGCGCUGGGCAUUUUGUUACGGAGGAGUGGCUUCUAUGAAGGAUCUCUGAAAGUCUCUGAACUUUAGAGUUGGCUUAACUAACGUUGGACCAGAGCUAGCCCUUGAUCAUGACUCUCAGUUCCAUUACACAUAAUGCCAUCUAGAGUUUGAGAGCUAGACCAGACCUAACUGGGAAGGAUUUUCAGCAGGCAGACACUGGAAUCAUUUCUGAGUGACAGUGAGGGCAACACCACACGAGCCACAGUGUUGACUUCGCUCCCGCUUGCUGAGCACCUCUGUCCUACAGUCAGGAGAGGGAAAUAACUAGAUAGCUGUCAUCUUGUUCUGAUAUCGGUUGCACAUUUAUUGUGGUGAUGUUCACAGAAAAUUUACAAUUACGGCAUUAUCUACAUUGUUACCCCGAUUUUAAAAAACAAAGAAUUACUUUGAUAAAAACAGUGAUUCUGAAAUUCGGGAGACAAAUUUCAAAUUCUCGUUGAAGUUUCUAGACGCAAGCAUAAACUAGUUAGCUGGGGAGGGCUCACUAGUACGACUGACUGGACUGACUGAACUGAAUCCAUUCGUCGACACUCAACUCUCGUUGCACCACAUAUGUCAUACAUUUUGGGCACCAGGCGUGUCCAUAUAGCCUCUCCCAGAACACAGCUAUUUUUUUAGCGAUCAUGUUUGUAAUGCCAGUGGCCACUUUCUUUUUUUACAUUUUGAUGGAAUGAUAAAAAAAUCAAAAACAGAACCAGAAAGAAAUCAGCAGGAAAAUUUUGCCCAAAUACCGUGACUGCAUUUGUGGAAAGCUACACCUUACUGCAGGGUAUCCCAAACUCAGUCCUCAGUCCAAACCGAGUUUGGGAAACACUGCCUUACUGUAUCUAUGCAAUACCAGACUCUCCCUUCCCACUCCUGAGAAUCUGUGAUUUGGUGGGCUAGCUGAGCUGUGGUUGUGUUGCAUGUGCCACCUACAGCCAGCUACAAGGAUCACUACACUACUGUCCUAUCCACCUUGGUUUGUUGCCCUGAAGAGGAAUACGAUCUUCCAAUAUUACGGUUUCAAUAUUUUUGUACCGACCGGUCUGUCAUGUUAGGUCUUGGUUUGUUUCAGGAGGACAAUGAUCUAUUAACUGAAAACUGUGGCCUUAAAUAUAUGUACGGAAGUUAAUCACUCAUCUGAGUCAGAAGGAUAGUUGUGAAUGAUCAUAGGCUCUUAAACAUAGCAGAGCUCUUGUAGUGGUGCUUUGAGGCCUGGUGCUUCCAUUCUGCCAUGUCCCAUGGUUGACUUGGCAACACAAGUAAAUCAAAUCUGACAGGAACGUAAAGUGCCAAAUAAAUCAGAAUUAUUGUUACUGUACAUUUCAUUUCCAGACAAUGAUUUACAGAAUCCUCCUGUUGUAGUGAUAUGCCUAGUAUUACCGCUUUAUAAUAGUCCUGCAUUACUCUAGUGUAUUCCAUCAAAAACAGAGGCUUUAGAAAAGCUAUGGACCAAAUAUGGUCGUUAAUGUGCCGUCUCCUAUUGAACAUGACUUUUUUGCUCCAUCCUUAAAAUGUUUUCUGGAACAAGACACUGUCCCAGUCCAUCUUUUCCUCCUUUUGUUUGGUUAGCAGUCAGAACCAUUCAACUCAAUAUCAGUAGGCAUAUGGGAAUAUGAAUAUAGUCUAGAACCAUUUUUUUUAUAUUCUUGGGACUGAUUUAGACCUGGGACAGCAGGUGGGGGCAAUUCAUUAUCAGUUAGAACCGAACGAGCAGAAGCUGCACCUCCGUAGAAUAAAAUUCCAUGAUCCAAGAUGCAGAAUGCCUCUGUAUGACUGUCUCUGUGCCCUGGUCUGGGAAAUGUUAUCCCUUAUGUCCCAACACAUCCAACUGGAUGACUUCAGAUUUCACAAUAGCGCAGAGAUGUGAGAAAGUCGACGGACCCCCUUAACACUCGGCACUAUCAUCAAUACUGGAGCCAUUACCAUUACCUUCGUGGCAACUUUAAUGCUGUGUUUUCAACUCCCCUGCUUAGGCCGCUAUAAAUAUUUAAAGGCCUAUCUGUAGCUGAACUUGUGUUUCAAUAUUCAGGAGUUUGGCUCCUUUCAUUAUUGAGUAAGGUUCUCAGGAUAGCAAAAACACAAUUAAAGGGAACUAGCUUGUUUGUAUUGCAGUUGAAUGGUUUUGAGUUCUAGAGUUGCCAAAUUAAAAUACCUGUUUACAUUUGUCUUGUUUGAAAAGUAACAUUUUUAUAGAUUUAAAAUGGUCAGGAAGUAUUAAAUAAAACAUUUGGUGCACACACACACUCCCUGAGCUUGGCAGUAUCAUUGAUACCGGAUCAUUACCAUUAUCUUUGGCAACAUUAAUGCUGUAUGUUUUCAACUCAUCUGCUUAAGCCGCCAUAAAUAUUUAAAGGCCUAUCUGUAGCUGAACUUGUAUUAUUCAGGAGUUUGGGUCCUUUCAUUAUUGAAUAAGGUUCUCAGGGAUAGUGAAAACAAAGGGAACUAGCUUGUUUGCAUUGCAGUUGGAAGGUUUUGUGCUCUAGAGUCGCCACAUUUAAAAGAACUGUUUACAUUUGUCUUGUAUGAAAAAUGAAAUGUAUAGAUUUAAAAUGGUCGUUUACAUUUCCUGUGCUGAAUCAUGGCAGGAAGUAUUAAAAAAAAAAAAAAACAUGGUCCAUAUGGGGGUUAAUGAACUAAUACAUUGUUUGGUAUUCUAAAUUGGCUACUUCCAAAUUAGGUCCGUUUGGAAUGACUGCUGACUGACAGAACAAGAUCUCCAUUUAAUGUUACCAUUACAUUUCUGCAACAUGCAAAACUAACUGCAUCACAGAGUGUUGGAAUACUGCUUUACUGCUGUUUUUAGAUGUUCUGUUAUUUUUCUGUUGAUCAUUUUCUUUGUCUCCUUUCACUAUUGUUUCUUCAUCACAUGGCCUCAGUUCUAGCAAAUGGUUGAAGACUUUACAUAAACUUUCAUAAAGACAACCUUUUGUCUUAUCCCAAAGCACUUCGUAUUGUGUAUAAACUGUCACACCUAUGCCAAGAAGUCAUUGUUGCAAUUUGUUGAUUUUCUGUGCCCAGCCAUAUGUACAGUUUUGCACCUUUUGAAUAAGGACUUUGCAAAAAAUAAAAACUCAAACAUUUCCAAGA